UGGGUCCGACUCUCUCGUGAAUUAGUUUCGGAAUUAGUUGGCACAGAGCUGGCGUGUUGUGCGGACUGUUCGUAUUUCGUACUCAAUAGUUCAUCAAUUGGAUAAAUACAAAUAUGAGUGCCCUCAUCAUUUUGUGCUCCAUUUUAAUUGGAUUUGUGAUCUAUUCCCUCGUCAAAUCGGUGCGGCGGCCCAAGAAUUUUCCACCAGGUCCUCGAUUCGUGCCUUGGCUGGGCAACACACUGCAGUUCCGUAAGGAGGCACGUGCUGUGGGCGGACAGCACAUCCUCUUUGGGCAGUGGGCACAGCGUUACCGGAGCCCGUUGCUGGGACUGAAGCUGGGGCAGGAGUACGUGGUGGUGGCUCUGGGACACGAGAUGGUGCGCGAGGUGCAGCUGCAGGAGGUGUUUGAGGGGAGGCCGGACAACUUCUUUCUGCGUCUGCGCACGAUGGGCACUAGGAAGGGUAUCACCUGCACGGAUGGGAAGCUCUGGUACGAGCAUCGCAACUUUGCCAUGAAGGAGAUGCGUCACGUCGGCUAUGGACGCAGUCAGAUGGAGAGCCACAUUGAGCGUGAGGCGGAGGAGCUCCUGUUGCAGCUGGACCGGACUGAGGAGGCACCCAUAGAGCCGGUGACAUGGUUGGCCCACGGUGUACUCAACGUGCUGUGGUGCCUUAUAGCGGGUAAGAGGAUUGCCAGCGAGGAAGAUAGCACACUGCAAAGGUUGCUGGAGCUGAUGAAUCGUCGCUCCAAGCUCUUCGACAUCUGCGGUGGGCUGCUCGCACAGUUCCCCUGGCUGCGGCAUGUGGCCCCCGAUCGCACCGGCUACAAUCUCAUUCGGCAGCUAAACACUGAGCUCUACGGCUUCUUCAUGGAUACCAUAGAAGAGCACAGACUUCAGCUGGAGAAAUCAUCGGAGAAUGAGCCGGUGGAGAGCGACCUGAUCUAUGCCUAUCUGCAGGAGAUGCGGAAUCAAAGCUCGGAUAGUGAGAGCAGCAGCUUCAACGAAACGCAGCUAGUGAUGACCAUUCUGGACUUUUUCAUUGCCGGCUCCCAGACCACCAGCAACACCAUUAACCUGGCUCUCAUGGUGCUGGCCAUGAGAUCGGAUGUUCAGGAGAAGCUUUUCGCAGAGGUGUUGGCCAACGUGAAAUCGGCAAAGUCGGACGCCUUCCCACAUCUCAGUCGGAGGGAAUCGUUCGACUACAUGGACGCUUUCAUAAUGGAGGUGCAGCGUUUCUUUCACAUAACACCCAUUACAGGGCCACGUCGUGCCCUCUGGCCCACUAAGCUGGGUGGCUACGACAUACCACAGAAUGCCACCAUUCUGAUUAGCUUACGUUCGGUGCAUCUCGACGAGCAGCACUGGGUGGAUCCGCUGCAGUUUAGGCCAGAACGAUUCAUCGAUGUGGGUGGCAAGUGCUUCAAGGAUGAGUUUUUCAUGCCAUUCGGCCUAGGCAGACGCCGCUGUCUGGGCGAUGCCCUGGCCCGUGCCUGCAUAUUCUCGUUUCUGGUUAGGAUAGUCCAGCAAUUUUGCAUUGUUCUGCCGCCCGGCGAGACUCCAUCAAUGGUGUUGCUGCCCGGAAUUACCCUCACACCAAAGCCCUACAAAGUCAAGUUCGUGAAGCGUUCUUCAGAUUGAGUAGGCAGGCUAAUGGUGAAAUUUCUAACUUAUUCACCACGCUCGAAAAGACAAGCGCAAGAAAGGAAUGGAGAUGGAGUAGUGGUUCCGAAACAGGGUGCUUUGUGGUGAAUACGUCACCUUGUUAGUAAUUUCACCAUAAACAGGCAGGGCAGGGCAGGGUGUUGGGUAUACAUUUCCACAUGAAUACAUACAUUAAUAUCUUAAGGUUAUUCGGUUAAAUACAUAGUAUACCGAUCGAUCAGUUUUGAUUCUGGUCUGUUUUUUUUUGUUCUUUAUUAAAGUGUCCUCUACAUUAAACUUAAAAUUUCGCAUAAUUUAAACAAUUUGUGUAACAAAAUUUAAAUUAAAUAAAAACCAUAUCAUCGUAA